CAGCAGGAGGCCGUGCACAGACCCAGCAGCUGGGAGUGAGUUGCUCGAGCGCCGAGCAGGCAGCAGCCAACGGUCAGCCCCGCACACACACUGCUCACUCCAUGUGAGAUAAACGGAGCCGUCUACCUUAGAGGCGACGAAAAAUAUGCUGUUCGGACGCUUGACGUGUCACCGCAGCGGCUUUUGAGUCACCAUUGUCACCCGGUUUUCAUUUUGGAGGAUUCCUCCCUCCAUCCUCCGGAUCGCACCGAACAGGCAAUGACAACGGUCUCAGCAACCCCGCAGCAGAUGAGGGACCGGCUGCUGCAGGCCAUCGACAGUCAGAGCAAUAUAUGCAAUAUGGUGGUUGUAUUGGAGGUAAUUGCCUGUCUUGAAAAGUAUCCUAUCACCAAAGAAGCACUUGAGGAAACUCGGCUAGGAAAACUGAUUAAUGAUGUAAGGAAGAAAACCAAGGAUGAAGACCUUGCCAAACGUGCUAAGAAACUCUUAAGGAAUUGGCAGAAGCUGAUUGAACCUGGGUCAGCUGUGGCUCCAAGUGUCCCUGGAUCUACCAAUGGCAGCUCUCAUCCCUGCAGAACAGAUUCUUCUCCUCCUGAUGUUUCUGUGUCAGGGAAGGGUGUCCCCGAAGUCAAAGUCAGAAAUGAUGUUCACAACACAUACUCGCCAAAAGCUGAGAAAUCAAGCAGCCGCAAACGCAGGGCGGAGCAUAGAGACAGCGGAGUGCACUUACCGGAAAAAAUCUCCCGGAUGUCGUCUUAUGAUAACUCUGCGUCACCGCCCCCCAGUAAUGGGAUCGCAGGCAGUCCUGACGCAAUGCCUGAGCAGGAAGUCGUCCCCUCCCCUGACAGAUCACGGUUAGAACACCUAGAUAAUGAUAAAUUAAACAGAAUUCCAGUAAAUGCUGUCAAGCCUCGUCCCAGCUCCCCCGGAGUGGCCAAACUACCUAGCACUUCCUCUUUGAUCAAAGUUGCUGUGAUGCAGCAACAGGCCAGAAUGGACGACAGUGGAGGGGGGUAUUAUCAAGCCAGAAGCCCCCGUAGCCUCACUGGCAGCCCGAGGAGCAUGAAGCAAGACACAAUGACCAAGCGCUCCUUGGCACAUGCACUGAAAGGAACGUCUAUCCCCAGCCCCUCCUCCAGGGACUCUCCUCUGCCUUCAUCCCAGUCUGUGUCCUCCCCUGCCCAGCCUUCUUAUGCUGACAAGCUGCCACAUUCUUCUCAUAGGUCUUCAAUGCACUGGGCCAGUUCGUCAGAACCACCACAAGACAUCUCUGCAACACUGGACUCCCCAUCAGUUUCCCCAUCACCUCCUCAUCCCCAGCACAAUUCAGAACUUAACAGACCGACACCUGAGGGUGCUAUGACUGUGUCCGAUGACCCGGACGGCACAGGAGUCCCCAACUCAGAGCAUAAAAGGAGAAAGUACAGGUCUAGAGACUACGCUGUCAACUUAGAAGGCCAGAAAAUAGAAGACACAACUAAACCUGUACGGUUAAAAGAGCGUAGAUUAACAUUUGACCCCGUCACAGGUCAGAUUAAACCUCUGGUUCAUAAAGAACUUUCUCCCACAGAGGAAGCCUCCACUCCUGACCCAGCUGAGUCUCGGCAGAGAACUGAAAGCAUUGUACAACAGCAUGCACCCACAGCCCCGGGUCCUGGUCCUGGUCCCAACCCUUUCCACCAGACAAACUGGAAGGAGCUAUCUAGGAAUGAAAUCAUCCAGUCGUACUUGAACCUUCAGAGCAAUGUGCUCACCUCCUCAGGGGUCCAGGCCCCUGGCGCACACUUUUUCAUGUCGGAGUAUCUGAAAAGGGAAGAGCAAGACAUCAAGGAGACGAGGAAGACGCAUGUUCUGCAGGUGGACAACCCUGUAGUAGAUUUACCGGGCGUGAGCCGGGAGGUGACGGACGAGGACCUGGAGAGGAUACAUACACAGAACUGGCCGGGGGUUAAUGGGUGUUAUGACACCAAUGGCAAGUGGUAUGAUUGGACAGAAUGCAUAUCAUUGGACCCUCAUGGGGAUGAAAACAAAUUGAACAUCCUGCCAUAUGUUUGCCUAGACUGAAGGGGUUUGGGAAGGCUCCUGUCCUUUCCACUCCUGUCUUUGUCUCCCCACAGAGACAAGAUACUUUGUGAUUUUGUUUGUCCACUGUGAGUUUGGCAAAAGCCAGGCCUGCUAAACUCCCCUGCCCACCCAUGCCUCUUUGUCCUCUCAGAUCUAAUAAGGUUUUGUUAAAAUAAAAAAAGAGAGAAAAAAUUAAAAUAGUUGAGUUUAUAAUAUCAAGGGCUGUUUCUGUUUUAUUUUUCAAACUGAAAGACACAGGAAUACUGAGGCCCUCAUUGCAGACAUGCUGCUACUAACAGAGAAGGCAAAAUAGGGGGACAGCAUUAUUCAGCCAAAAGGGGAGUGUUACAAUACGUACCACCAAAACUACAUUUCUGAACGAGGCCUUUGUUUCAGGCUCAGUGGAAUGGUGCUGUUCUUCUAUUUUGUUCUUCCUAGUUUCUAAUGAGGAAUUACAAUCUAGGGUCGAAUCUGAGUGAAGGCUGGGGUUUAGCUGUCCUGUUCAGACCGCCAUGUUGGUGCCCAGAAAGGUGUUCAUCUAGCACAGGUAGAGCCAAGUGUGUCCAGGGUGUGAAAUUCUGGAGCAUAUUUGGCAGUUACAAGAAGCUUUAUGUGAGAUAUAAAGAGUAAAUUAUAGAUUUCUUAUCAUGUAUACAUCUAUUUAUUUUGACCAGUUCAUUUAUGGGAUGUUCAUCAAAACAGAUGUUCAAAAACUUAUGGAUCUUUUCUUUUUCCUUCUUCCUGUUUGCAUUAAAAUGUUGUCAACCUGAUCUGCAGUGUAAAAGGGGGCAUAACAAUGUUUUUUUUUUUUUUUUUGCAUGGUCCGUCUUUAAGGUGGGUCAAUGCAUUCGGUCAUUAACAUUCCAUACCUCACUUCACCAACUUUCGCUCUCGUCACACAGCAUCUGUCUGAACUCUCUGGCAGAAACAUAUCCUUAGCAAUUAUUUGAAAUUUCCAUUGAAGUACUGUAGUGUGGUGGUAGCUAAUUCAUAAUUAUUUCAGCUUCAUUAACAUGAAAUGCUCUCGUCACCCACUAGUUUUCUCUCUAGCCUGAAAUUAAAGAAUGUCAAAACAGUUGGUGCUCAUCAGUAAUCACAUUAUAGAGACAAAAACCAUGAAUCUGAAUGCAUCUGAAACUCUCCUUCCAUUCCUAUAGAUAUUAUUUGCCUUUUGAAAUAUCUUUAAAGAUGUUUUAAGUUAAACAGCCUUAGUGAAUGUACAGGUAUGACACCUCUUAUGCACUUGUACGUAAGUUGGCAACUUGUUGAUCUCUGACUUUGUGACUGAUGUUCCUGCAAGUUCCAGUUAUGUACCAUAGUUUAUUCGGAGUUUCAGACGCAUUUAAACUUCAGCUGCUUGUGAGAGUUUAGAAAACCUUUAGGAUCCUGUCUGAGGUCGCAUUUAUUUGCUUCCAUUCUUUCGCAUAACAUAAAACAGAGAAAGCUGUGUGCAUCAGAUAUCGUUGCAGUUUCAAUUUGACAACUAAUUGUGGAACUUUUGAUUUAUCUCUCUACUCAUCAGUCACUACCACCUCAGUUCACACAUUCUGACUUUAACCCAGACUGGCUUUUGCACAGCCUCUUCAGUCAUCCAUUCUGUUAGUCAUUCAUCCCUACCAAUGUGCCUUGGUAAAUGGUAAAUCUAGAUUUGCUUCCGCAUUAAACACGCCUGUCCUUGGAGUUGGGGUUAAUGUGCGAGAAUUCCAAAUCAAUACGACGCUGGUAUAUGCACCGUUAUGUUUCUUUUUUUACACAUUGAUCCAGUGAGGGUGAAGCUGCAGACAAUGAAUACUGCACAACAACAAAGCUGGCAAUAAAGGAAAGUGCUACAACUGGUUGAUAAGCAUCUGUUUUCUGGAGUUUUGACUGGGGCAUCUUUAUUUGUUCAGUGUUUAACAUCUCUCAAUUGUUUGAAAAAUAAAAUUAUCUAAAUCUUC